AUGUGGCAGUGCUGCUUUUUGGUGAUCAUGGGCGCGGUGGUCGUGAGCGCGCAGUUCCCCAGAGAGUGUGUGACACCCGAGGGACUCCGGAGCGGACAGUGCUGUCCGUCUCCCUCCGGACUCAACGACGACCCCUGUGGCUCGAGCACGGGCCGCGGACAGUGCGUGUCCAUCACGGUGGACGCGCGGCCGCACGGGCCUCAGUACCCCCACGACGGACGGGACGAUCGGGAGAGAUGGCCCAUCCGGUUCUUCAACCGUACCUGUCAGUGUAGCGGGAACUUUAGCGGGUACAACUGCGGCCGCUGCCGACACGGAUGGACGGGGGCCAACUGUGACCAGCGGGUUUCCGUUGUAAGGAGAAACGUGAUGCAGCUCAGCGCGGACGAGAAGCGGGCGUUCGUGAGCGCGCUGGACCAGGCCAAGCGCACGGUGCACCCGGACCUGGUGAUCGCCACGCGGCGCUACCCGGAGAUCUUCGGGCCGGACGGCAACACCAUGCAGUUUGAGAACAUCACCGUCUACAAUUACUUCGUGUGGUCCCACUACUACUCCGUCGGCAAGACGUUCCUGGGCGCGGGGCAGGCCAGUUUCGGGGGAGUGGACUUUUCCCACGAGGGGCCCGGUUUCGUGACUUGGCACAGGUACCAUCUGCUGCAGCUGGAGAGAGACAUGCAGGAUAUGCUGCAAGACCCUUCCUUCGCCCUGCCUUACUGGAACUUUGCCAUCGGAGGAAGCACAUGUGACAUCUGCACAGAUGACCUGAUGGGAGCCAGGAGCAGUUUUGACAUGAAUUCCCUGAGUGCCAACUCCGUCUUCUCCCGGUGGAGGGUCGUCUGUGAGAGCGUGGAAGACUAUGACACGCUGGGAACUAUCUGUAACAGCACUGAGACGACUCCCAUCAGGAGGAACCCAGCAGGGAAUGUCAACAGGCCGAUGGUCCAGCGUCUCCCUGAGCCCCAGGAUGUGGCGGACUGUCUGCAGGUUAACACUUUUGACACACCGCCGUACUACUCCACCUCCUCCGAAAGCUUCAGAAACACAGUUGAAGGCUACAGUGCCCCCCAGGGGAACUAUGACCCUGUGGUUAGGAGCCUCCACAACCUGGCCCAUCUGUUCCUAAACGGGACAGGAGGACAGACCCACCUUUCACCCAAUGACCCCAUCUUCGUCCUGCUCCACACCUACACUGAUGCCAUCUUUGAUGAAUGGUUGAGGAGACACAGUCCAGGUUCAGCAGUGUAUCCAGAAGAAAAUGCCCCCAUUGGUCACAACAGGGGCUACAACAUGGUGCCCUUCUGGCCUCCAGUGACCAACGCUGAGAUGUUUGUGCCUGCCCCCGAAAAUCUCGGUUACUCCUAUGAAGCUGAAUGGCCAGGUCAACCUUUCACUCUGACUGAAAUCCUCACCAUUGCAAUAGUUGCUGCCCUGGUGGUGGUCGCAGUCAUUUUUGCUGCCACCACAUGUGCCGUGCGCGCCCGAUCGUACAAGAUGGAGGGCCACCAGCCUCUGCUCGGGGAUCAGUACCAGCGGUAUGACGAUGACAAAAGCCAAUCCGUAGUCUAAGAUCUGUGUUUGGACGUGAGCCUCACCUAUGUGCCUCUUCUCUUUACUUAUGCAAUGACACAGCUGUGCAGUUUUCCGAAGCCUGAAUCUGUUCUCGGCAGAAAAAACGUGUAGAUUUUUGAAACUGAUACUUGUUACUGCAUUCAUGUCCCUAUAUCAAAAAACCGGUAUAGUUUGUUUUUCUUUAAAAAUAGUGCAGAAGCAAACAAUUUACUUUUACAUUUCCCAUGUGGAUGUAAAUCACUCAUUGAACAUCUAUUUUUUUUAUCAUGGAAAGGUAAAGACACGUGCAGUAGUCUAUAAGGGUGUUACUUUUGCAAAAGGAGCAGAGGUUGUCCCUUAGCAGUUUUUUCAGAUUUCUGGGAAAUUUGAAAAUGGAAAAGGUGUUCGAAUAAAGUGAACAUGACCAAAUAAAGUGUUGGUGUAAUAGUCAUGCCACCGGCUGGUGAGCAACGAUGAUCCCGGUCAGGCUUUUGAAAUGUCAUGUAAGUAUCAGCAGCGUUAUCCGGACACGUGCCUGACGUCUCACUUUAAAGGUGAUCCGGUUUACCAGAAUGCCGGUUCUGAUAAGCGAUCCAGAAUGUUCUUUAACUUUGUAACUUUAUGAACAAGUGACAGAGAGGGAAAUAUCAGAGUAACGCAUGCAAUACGUUUAAGUCCACUUAAACAUCUACAACCUCUACUGUGUUUUUUAUAGACUAUAACACUUUCUGUGUUUAUUUGACUUCAGACGCAGUAGUUUAGUUUAGUUUAGUUUAGUUUAGUUUAGUUUAGUUGCUUAAUGACGACAUUAGUGAGGUGAUUGACAGUAAUAAGUGUGUAACAAUAAAACUGCACCUGUAAUAGAGCCACGGUGCCCACGAGGGGGUGCAAUAGUUAAAUCUCUGAAACUGCUUGUACAGUACUUAUUACGACAGAUGCGCUUUAUGGGUUUCUUUUAUUUUUUUUUUUAAAAAUGAUGUAUUGGGAUAAAUUGAUCCGCAAACCCUGAAUUUUUUGUCAAUAAUGAAUGAAGCUCUGAAAAGCGUGGCGGUGGGGAUUGAGAGGAAAUGUGGCAAACUGCAGAGUCAACAGGUUGUAACCCCGAGGCCUUUACUGAACUGUGUUCUCACAGGAUAUGCUUUUUUUU